AUGGAGAUACACGGUAGGAGUGGAAGAGAGAACCUAGUGGCAGAUCACCUGAGCAGGAUUGAGGGAGAAUUUGACCACACGGCUAUUGUUGAUGAAUUUCCAAAUGAGCACCUCUUUCAGAUGCAUGUUGAUUAUGUUUCUAAGUUUAGAGUACUCAAGGCGAUCAUCAGUAAUCAAGGGUCUCAUUUUUAUAACAGGCACAUGAAAGCUUUGCUAAGUAAGUACGGGGUUGCACAUAUGGUUUCUACUCCCUAUCACUAUCAGACAAAUAGGCAAAUUGAAGUGUCUAAUAGGGAAGUUAAAGCAAUUCUUGAAAAGACUGUGGGACCUGAAAGAAAGGAUUGGAGCAAAAGACUUGAUGAUGCAUUAUGGGCUUACAGAACUGCUUUCAAGAUCCCUAUAGGAAUGUCUCCAUAUAGGAUUGCAGUUAAAGCAUGUAACUUUGAUGCUAGCACAGCUGGAGAGGAAAGGAAAUUGCAACUUCAAGAACUUGAGGAGAUUAGACUGAAGGCAUAUGAGAACUCACGGAUUUACAAGGAAAAGACUAAGAACUUUCGUGACAAAUACAUUGUGGUAAAAGAGUUCAAACUUGGUGAAAAAGUGCUUCUGUAUAAGUCACGUCUCAAAUUGAUUAAGGAGAUACAAGAAGCUGCUACUGGUCAAAUAUUCAAAAUGAAUGGGCACCGACUCAAGAAAUUUUAUGAGGAAGUUAAUGUGCUAUAG